UUAUUAUUCAGUAAAAAUGGCUGCUCCCAUGAAACGAAUGUUCUUCAUUCAUGUUGUUUGUUUACAAUUACUUUGUGCAAUGUCAGGUAUGUUGUAUCCCCGAAAUUCGAUAUCACGGACAGUUUUCCAAAAUUUAGACGGUAUGUGGAAUUUUAGAAUUGAUUCAUCGGAGAAUAGGUUCCAGGGAUUCGAAGAGAAAUGGUACUCAAGACCGCUCCAACAGAGUGGCCCUGUUAUACCUAUGCCAGUCCCUUCCAGCUACAAUGACAUUACCCAGAGUAAGGAACUACGAGAUUUUGUGGGGUGGGCCUGGUAUGACAACGAAUUCUACAUCCCACCAGAACUUGCCUCAAAGAGGACUGUAUUACGAAUUGACAGCGCACAUUAUAAUACCAUUGUAUGGCUGAAUGGACAGGAGGUCAUGCAGCAUUCUGGAGGGCACCUGCCAUUUGAAACAGAAUUGAAAAAUUAUAAUACAAAUGGCCCAAACAGAGUGACCAUAGCUAUAAAUAACACACUGACCCCCACAACACUACCCCCAGGGACGAUAGAGUACAAAAAUGAUCCACUCAAAUAUCCUAAAGGAUAUUUUGUCCAAAAUCUACAGAUGGACUUUUUCAACUAUGCUGGGAUUCAUAGAACUGUAAAAGUGUACACCACACCUAAAGUUUAUAUUGAGGACAUCACCAUAGUAACUGACAUACAAGGAAGCAAUGGUUUGGUAAGUUAUACAGUGACACCUAGUAUGGCCUCCAUGGUUCAAUCAUUCCAAAUUACCAUCCUCGACAAGGAGGGUAACUCUGCUGGGCAGGGAAGUCAGCCACAAGGGAAGAUAACUGUAAACAAUGCCAACCUUUGGUGGCCCUACUCCAUGCUGAACUCGUCAAAUGACACUGCCUACCUCUAUACAUUCAAGGUGACCUUGACCUCAACAUCUGGCGAUACUGAUCAGUACAGCCUCCCAUUUGGUAUCCGUACUGUGUCUAACACCAACACACAACUUCUGAUCAACAACAAACCAUUCUACUGCCAUGGAGUUGCCAAACAUGAGGACUCUGAUAUCAGAGGUAAGGGACUAGAUUAUCCUUUGAUUGCCAAGGACUUCAAUCUACUGAAGUGGCUGGGUGCUAACUGUUUUAGGACAUCCCAUUACCCCUAUGCCGAGGAGAUUAUGGACCAAGCUGACCAACAAGGCAUUGUGGUCAUUGAUGAAAGUCCAGGUGUAGGGAUAGAGAAAGGUAACUUUGGUAAUGCGUCUUUGGCACACCACCUGCAAGUCAUGGAUGAAAUGAUUCAGAGAGACAAGAACCGUCCAGCCGUUAUCAUCUGGUCUGUAGCCAACGAACCCAAGUCUGGACUCCCAGAGGCCAAGUUCUAUUUCAAGACGAUUUUAUUGCAUGUAAAGAAAGCAGACCCAACCAGACUUGUCACUUUUGUUGCUAAUGCUGAUUAUGGUGAAGAAAAAGCUGCCCAGUACAAUGAUAUCCUGUGUAUAAACCGUUACUAUGCCUGGUAUUCUGAUUGUUCCCACACUGAGCUGAUUAAUCUACAAUUGACAAAUGACCUUAAAGCUUUCCAUAAUAAAUACAAUAAACCAAUCAUCGUUACAGAAUACGGAGCUGAUACCAUUCCGGGAUAUCAUCAGGAUCCAUCCUUCGUGUUUACAGAGGAAUUUCAGGUAGAAUUUCUUCAGGAAUAUCAUAAAGUUUUUGACCAUCUGAGAAAAGAAUUCCUGGUGGGGGAAAUGGUUUGGAAUUUUGCUGAUUUCAUGACUAUUCAACAAAUAACCCGCGUGGUUGGAAAUAAGAAAGGGUUAUUAACUCGGCAGAGACAGCCAAAGAUGUCGGCACAUUUAAUUCGGUCCAGAUAUAGAAAUCUUAUGUACACUAACAAGACUUAUCAUGGCAGCUUCCAUGGACAUAGUACCAACAUCCUUAAUGUCCUUUAACCCAUAAUAUUGUCCCUAUUGGGUAAAUUGACUCUAUGUUUCAAAUCAUACACCUGUAUUUGCAUGUGCUAUAUAAGGGAGAUGUUGAUUAUCAUAAAUAAUAAUCACAGUGAACACUUCAAGUGACUCACAGAAAAAUAUUUUGAGAAUGUUGAACUAUUCUGUGAAUGAAGUUUAAUUUGUUUUGUGUCAAGGUGAUUAUGUCAAAAGUAUUGUAAUAUCUAGUCAAUGGUGCUACUUUUGUUUUAUGAAGUUAGAGUUGAUCUGAGACGAUUGAUGUGUGUGUUUGCAAACAAAGUGAAUUAAGUUGAAAAUAAUAUUGAAAAAUACAAAGCUGUCAUUUUUUUUAUUCACUUUUAUAAGUUUUUAUUGCUUGUUAUUUGAGAGAUUUUUUACAAUAAAAGUUUACAAUUUUUUA